ACGAUAUUGAUACGAAAUACGUCGACCACUGGUUAUCUUUAAGUUUUUAAUCGAAAAAUAAAAAACAAAAAAGCACAGAAAAAAUGGGUGGCAUUGGGAUGCCGGUGGUUAAUUCGUCCCUAAAGCCACCAGCACCGGCGAGAGGGAUUGAUGUGUUCGUGGCGGCAGUGCCAUUAACAGCCACCAAGGGUGCGCCGCAGUUACUUAUGUCGACCGCCUACUCUUUCUCUCUUUCUUGGGAUUUACAGCACUUCAUGGUCCUCACUUCCUCCGCUGAUCUUCCUUCUCAGGUAAUGGUUUUUGAUUUUCAACCUCAAGAUCCUGAAAGUAUAUAUGCAGCACUUGCAGCUAUAUCAGGAAGAAAAAUACCAGGAGUUUUGCAAACGAGGAUGAUGAAGAAAUUGCCCAAGACUAAAUGCUGGAAAGUUGGAUCUUGUAAAGUUGAUGUUGUUGAUGCAAUACACAAGUUUAAUAGUAAUUGGGAUACUGAUCUUAUUAUUGGUCGACAUGAUUGUCGACAUUACACAAAUGGAUUAGUGGAAUGUCUCACAGGCAAGAAGUAUGUGCUGGAUAGAUUAAGAACAAGGCAAACCAGUAUUGCUUGAGAGUUGCAAUCAAAUUUGUUAAUAUUUGUACUUAUAUGUAAUCCACAUUUUUUUAAUUCAAUCGAUAUAUAUUAUAGCUUCUUUUAGAA